UACACAUACACAUAGAACAAAAUAAAGUACAUACUGAUGAUACAGGACAUAUAGAACAAGGUUUUUUGUAUUAUCUGUGGAAGGUUCUUUGAUUUCCUGGAGGUUUCUAUUGUUUCUAGGUUUCUUAUCCUGCUUUGAUGCUUGAUUUCCAGUGAGAUUAAGCUACUUUCUAUUUAAAGCUUGCAUUUAAGUGAUUAUGAAAUUCACAAACACGACAAAUAUCAAAGACUUCAUGAUCAUCGGAUUCCCUGGACUUCCACCUGAGUACAAUGGAGCGGUGUCUGUUCUCCUCCUCCUCAUUUAUCUGGCCAUUGUGGUGGGAAACACUUUCAUUUUAACCGUGAUUCUGUUCGAGCGGACUCUCCGCAAACCGACAUAUUUCAUCUUCUGCCACCUGGCAAUGACAGACAUGACUUUUGGCACCGUGACGCUUCCAAAGAUCAUUGCCAGAUACUGGUGGAAUGACAUGACAACAUCAAUCGGCGCCUGCUUCACACAAAUGUACUUCGUCCACGCUUUGGGAGCAAUCGUUUCGUUAAUUUUGUUGAUCAUGGCCUUGGAUCGUUUUGUUGCCAUAUGGCUUCCUUUCCGAUAUCCUGUUUGGGUCACGAACAAAACCGUUUGCAUUGUUUGUGUCUUCUCCUGCCUUGCAACAUUUAUACGUAUGACAGGGAUCGUGCUCCACGCCUCGUCUUUACCUUACUGUGACCUCAAUGUCAUUAUACAUUGUUACUGUGAUCAUUUAUCGAUAACUCGGCUGGGAUGUGGGGAAAAUGUUAUAUAUGUUAAAACGGUCGCUCUUGCCAAUGCCAUGGUCGUGUUGCUGUUUCCUUUAGCUUUUAUUAUUAUAUCGUACUUUUCUAUUAUCGUAGCUGCUUUGAAAAUGUCUCAAGCUGAGCGGUCGAACAAAGUCCUCUCCACCUGUGCUCCUCAGAUUUUCAUCACCUGCCUUUAUUAUGUGCCCAGGUGUUUUGUUUAUCUCUCCAACCAUUUGGGCUUCAAGUUCAGCACUGAUGCUCGUAUUAUUAUCACGAUGAUGUACAGCCUCAUACCUCCCGUAGUUAAUCCACUCAUCUAUUGUCUCAAGACGAAAGACAUUAAAAAGGUUUUGACAGAGAGAUUCCAAAGAAGAAAAGUGGCAGUUGCACAAAGACAAAGAAACAAUGUAAAAUAACUUGUCAUAAAUGAACAGUGUAUAUUUUUUCCUUUAAUCUCAUCUAUAACUAUCUAGAAAUAUUGUUUGAAUUCACUGAUUCAUUUUACUUCCGAUUCUGUUGUUAUCCUAAAUGUGCAAUGUGUAUAUAUAUAUUUUUUAACUUAAUCUACAACUUGAUAAUCCUGUAAAUAUAGUUUCUUGCAUUUAUUUAUUGUACAGUUCAGAGUAAAACUGAGACAAAUGUCAUUGUGAUAUAUUAUGAUUAUAUAUAUAUUUCCACAUCAAGAUCAAAUGUCCUCUUUUCUUCUCUGAUCAAAUCCACGUUGUAUCUGUUUAGAUGUCUUGUUUUAUUUAAAUUUAAAUUAUUCUUAAGUAAAUAGCCUUUAUAAUCUUUAUAUAUAUAUAUAUAUAUA